AUGAACUUGAUCGGCUGUUCUGUGAAGCUACUCAAUGAUUUUCCAGAAGGUAAACACUUUUCGAAAUUACUAAAUAGAAAGGAUAAAGGUAGAAAGGAGAGGCCUAUUGUGGUUGUACAUGGAAAGCAGCAAGACGAUGCUUCGAAUGAGAAAAAGGACUUUAACAUGGAUGAAGUUCAACUUCAAACUUUUAAUGAAAAGCUUGAUGUCCUAGAAGUUGUUUUUGAUUCUGCAAAUCUCUUGUCUCUUGGAAAUUCAAAACCACCGGAUGCUCCUGCUUUUUCUUCUUUCCUUAGCAAUGAGGAUGAGGUAAGGAUUUACACUACUCAGAUUGUAUCUACUGUUUCAUAUCUUCACAGCAAAGGCAUUGUACAUUGGGAUCUUAAACCUGAAAACAUACUCAUGGAUUCUCAUGGCCAUGUAAUGUUAACUGAUGUUGGAAUGUUGAAAGAGAUUGAGGAAUCUGAGAGAUCUAACUCUAUGUUACAGAAAGCAUAG